AUUGAGAGAGCAUAGAUUAUAAACUCAUCUAACAAUACAUAGAGGCAGGAAGCUCAAUUGUCAGUACCCAGGCUAGACCCUUGAGUGCUGAUCAGGCGGAUGAAGUUAAUCAAGAACAUCAUAUCAUGGUGAAAAUAGCCGAGCCAUGGUGAAAAUAAGCGACGGAAAGGGGUAAUGAACCACUAACUACUUAACUAGUGAUCAUACUUAUUAAAGAAUGUAGCGACUGGGGUGUCCAUACAGCAAAAACACAAUCUCAACUCCCCUCGCCAUGUCUCUCUAUCGCAUCGCCCUCACGGCGGGCUUCUUGCUUGGCCAGGCGGCGGCCAACGUUCCCAUUGCCAGCUCAUCCGCCGCAUCUCAGCCCUCGUUUGCCUGCUGGACAGACCUGGGCACGGAGUCCGUGGCGUCUAUCCCAACAUCCACCGCCACCAAGACCAUCCACGAUGCAAACCCCGUUAUCGUGUACACGACGACGCAGGACACCGUCACGGUGACGCCUGCUGCGUCGACAGUGACUCUCACAGACUACGCGACCACCACGGUCACCGACAUCGCGGGCACCCUCACGGACACCUUUUCGACGACCUCGACAGAAUACGACACGGCUACGGUGACAGUCACUGCGGACCCGAUUACCGCCACCCUCUCGAUAACCGUGUCUGUUACUGCGACCAGCACCUCCACCAUCGGCACCUCAUCUGGCUUCAUCCCGAUUGCCGACUCGCUGACCGGCACCACGGUGUAUAAACGCGACGUGAGUGAGACCAGCUGCCCCCUCGGACAUGACGACUACCAGUACGCCACCUCUGUCGAGUGUGUGACCAUCACCGCGAUCAAGACCACCACCACCGAGACGGUCACAGCCGCCGCCUCGACGGUGACAGCGGCCAGCGAAACCAGCACAGUCUCCACCACCAGCACCAUCACGAGCAGCACGACCAUGGUCGCCGAGGAGGUCUCUACCACCCUCAGCUACAGCACCACCUCGACUAUCACUGAGACCAGCACCGCGCCGGCAGUGACCAGCACCGUGACAGCCACCACCACUGUGACGGCGGCGGUGUCAACCACCAGUGUCUAUGGUGCCUGCGCGACGGACAAUCUGGCAGGCGCCCCGCUCUCUUCGUUGUUUGGCUCGCUCGCCGGCGAAUACAUUCAAAACAUUUAUGCCACUACCUUCGCCGAGACCCUCUCAAGCUCUAGCUCUGCCUCAGCGUACGACUGCUGUGUGUCCUGCCAGGAGAACUCUGCUUGUAUGUAUUCUGCUUGGUACGAUUCGUACUGCUAUAUAGUCACGUCAAGUGUGUGCUCGGUAUCGACUUACUAUGGCACGGCGGAUCUUGUAUCAUCAUCAGCGACCUGGGGGUACGUCGUGUCGAACGGCAACUGCGCGCGUGUUGUAAGCUGAUUUAUAAUUACCAUGGUGCUUCAUGUGCGUUCUGUUCAAAAUAAAAAGGUAUAGUCACGCUGAACGAUGACUGAUGGCUAAGAGAUUACCCUCGACAUAUCAUCAAGCAUGAUGACCAUUCCUGCUCUAACCAGUACUGCAUGACUUGUAUAAUAGAGUAUAAGAUGACUGGGUAUCAUAUAAUAGGCAUCUAACAUAUAAUCAAAUAAUACCCC